AAAACCAACUGUUGCAGCCUCAACGGACAAGGGUUUCAGCUCGACCACAACACAUUCCAGUUCCAGACGAAAUCACGAUUAGACAAAAACCCAGAAUAACGGUCAAUACAACACCAGCUACAUUGUAUCAAAUACAAACACAAACAACUGGAAAAUUUGCAGGCAGUACAGCUCGACCAAAUUACCGUGAUUCACUUCAAACCAACCCACCAGCAACAACAUACAGACCCGCCAUCCAGUUCUUUACACAAAAACCUGCUCAAAUAACAUUUUCCAAACCUAGCCAAGUUGAUUCGAACAAACCGACAAAUUUUGGCACUACUCGGAGACCAGUAGAUUUUGCAGCAGAAUUUCAAAAAUUUCAACAAGAAAAUAAUAUUGUUACAACAACAACAGCAACACCAUCGCGAAUAGCAAAUCAGAAGACGUAUAACUCUCAAACUCAAGGGAUUGAAUUGCCGAAUGUUACUCAAAAUCCCAUUUAUGAAACCCAACUAGUAUUCGAUCCACGAACGGGUCAAAUAGAUUCGUCAUUGUUCCCACAGAACGUGGCUUACAGAAUUCCAGCUGCUUAUGUUCCUUCACAACAGCAACCAUUCAAUCCUUCUCCUCAAGUCGUAACAAUAGAGCAAUUACAACAACAAAAUCAACCGGUUUACCAAAGACCUUUGCAACCACCUACAACACGUUCACCUCUUCAACUACAGCAAUUCUCACAACAAGUAAUUUAAAUCAAGAACUUAAAAUUAGUCGUCUGUACAUACACUACCGUGCAAAAGUUUGGAACCACUAGGUAUUUUUCAUACAAAUUGACCAUUUUUGGUGGACUCAUUAACAUACUUCGGAAACACCUGCACUCUUGAUAUUUUGUGCAUAGUUUCUACAACGUUUCAAUAGUAAAUCACAGAGGUUUCA